AUGGAGAAGGAUUUUGCGGUACAAAAUCGGCCUCACCACUGCUCUAUUAGUCCUGGCAGUUCAAGUCCUAUAGGGCCCAAUCCUAAUGAUUUUGCUGAGGAUAACCAAUUUAUGGAAUCUUUUGGAGUUCGUAAUCGACAAUUAGAUGAUUUUAAUCUUAAUCUGAGCGGAAUUAAGACUCCAAAAUGUAUUGGAGGGAUUAUUGAAGUAACAAGCCUGACGGAGUCGAAUUCGGAGGAAACGAUUCUAGCAGCCGGAGAAAGAUGUAAUUUAGAUCAGUGGUUGGUAGUAUAUGUUAGAGAUACCACUACAGCUCUAAUCUUUACCCCGCUUGGAUUCAAUAGUCUCCCACGUUGUGACCUGACGUCCUGUAUGGAAUGUCUUGAGAAGUGCGGAAUAACCCAACUCAUUAUUGCGAGUUCGAGUGCUAGCUCCUGCAGUGGCGACGAAUUUGACCUGGAUUUGGGUCCUAUUCUGAAGUCGUCGAAGAUUCCAGAUCGAAUACGCGUUUUCGAGGUUGUAGAUUUGGACUCUCCUGUGUCAAAAGAGGCUAUUUCAUCUGCUAAAGAAGGCCGAGAACGGGCACAUUGGGUUGUAUUGUAUGUUAGAGGCAGUACAACGGCGGUUCUAAUUCCACCCCUGGAAUCUCACCAUAAUCAUGUUUUUACCCGUAGUGGAUUAACAGCCUAUUUGGAAUGGCUGGAGGGGGUUCAUAUGAGUCAGAUUUUGGUGGCCGUGCCAUCUAGAGAUGGUGAAUCACUGUGUAAGAAGUUGCUUUUCAUGGGUUUCUACAUUCUGCCCAGGGAGGCAGUUAAUGAACAACUGCCGCCUUGGUGGAGUAUGUACACACUUCUUGUAACGGAUCUCACAGGCCUCUGUUCAUCGGAAAGUUCUACCCCUGCAUCCAGUCGCGAAGACUUGAAUAGCUACGCUAAUUCCGAAGUUUCUCUUUAUUCAUCAGAGAAACCCAAAUCGGUAGUGGUGGUGAAGGUAAAGGAUCCUGGCUCGUUGGCUUCUAUGGAGGCGGUACUGGUGGCGGAAGGAAAGCGUGUUGCCAGUCAGUGGUUGGUUGUCUACGUCGAAGGCAGCACUACGUCAAUUCUUCUACCUCCUCGGACAGCAAGUACCGAAAAAGGCUUUUCUCGAAGCGGAUUUACGUCAUGUUUGGAGUGGCUGGAGUGUGUCGGAAUGAGCCAAGUUAUUAUUGCUGUGCCCUCAGGUGAUGGAGAGUCACUAUGCAAGAGCUUGCUUUUCCUUGGAUUCUCAAUGUUGCCGAAGGAUGUAACUGCUGAACAACUCCCAAGUUGGCUUGGAGGAUAUAUUUUACUUAUAACUGAUUUGUAA